AUAUUCGAAGGUAAUAAACAAAAUGAAGGACAAGCCCCGAAAAAUCGUUUAAAGGGAAUAAUUAAGAAACGUUUCAGUAGGGCUAAACUUCAGGAGAAGUGGACUGGCCAUGGAUGGCGGCUUGUUGUCACUGAAGUGGAACAACCACCGCUCCACAUUCUUCUAUGUUCUCUCCACAGUUAGAAGAAAGGAGUCCUAUUGUGAUGUUACCUUAGCCUGUGAUGGGAAAUUUUAUCCAGUACACAAACUGGUUUUGUCAACAUGUAGUGAUUAUUUUGAACAAAUGUUUGAAAAGACAAACUGUAAACACCCAAUAAUAGUGUUAAAAGAUAUUAGACAUGAGGACCUUGAGGCUCUUUUGAACUACAUGUAUGUUGGUGAAGUGAAUGUGUUACAGACAGACUUAUCAGGACUUAUCAAAGCUGCUGAGUGCCUAAGGAUAAAAGGGUUGGCUGUCCCUGAUGAAGCCCCUAGUGAACGUGACACCAGCCAGGACGGCAAAAGAAAUGUGCCAUGGUCCAGUGAAGGACCCGAUGCUAAACGUAGAAAACCUGAGGAACCCGUGUUGCAGAAACCCAGUCAAAACACAGUAGAGAAAUUAGGAAGGGAGCUUCCCCCAAGACCUCAAUUAAGCUUUCGAGAACCAUUCAGAGAACCACAGAGAUCCCGAGAGCCUCUUCGCCUCCGCUCAAGUCCCAGCCCAGUCCUAUUUCCUUCCAGUCCAGAUACUCAGUUGCCAAGUGCCACAGGCCCAACCUCAUCACCGGAUGUUUCUCACACGACAACCCACGAACCAGCUCCAAGUGCUCAAGCAGACUCUGCCCCGCCUCCCUCCAAUUCAGACAAUGAAAUCAGCGGUGCAGGAGAGUCCGAGUUGAUAAUGGAUGAACCCCUAGUCAAGGAAGAACCACACGAUGAUUACUCUGAAGCAGACGAAACCAAAGAAUCCAUUAAGUCAACAGACUCUGAAGCUGGCCUGAGUUAUCCUGUUCAUAGUGAGCACUCUGGGAGUAUAGGGAGAGAGGUUGGGGGUGCAGGCUUCAAUCCCCAGAGCCUGCGGUCCUCCAGCCAACCUCAGACAAUGGAGGAUCUUGUGGCUCAGGCACUUCCAGGAGCAUCUGGUCUACAAGGGAAAACUUGGGAAGGAGACCGAAAUUUACUUGGAAUACCGUUUGAAGGAUUUUCAGGAAACCAGGGUUCACAAAUGAUUUCUCCAGAUGGUUUGUGCGAUCAGGGGCCAGCAGGCCAUCUGGGACAACAGUUCAUCCAUUCAACCACACCAGUAAAGAAUCAUGCUUGUACAUACUGUCAGAAGAAAUUCAAUUGCCGGCACAAGCUGGAAGCCCAUAUGAGGACACAUACAGGAGAGAAGCCAUUUGCCUGUCAUUUCUGUUCAUACCGCAGUGCACAGAAGGGUAAUCUACAGCUACACAUCAGGACUCAUACGGGGGAGGAGCCCUUUGCUUGUGUCCAUUGCCCAUACCGCACAAAAAACCAGAGCAACCUCAAUACCCACCUUCGGAAUAAACACCAAAAUGUAAAAAAUCAGAUUUUAGGAUUUAGAGACUAGAAUAUUUCCGAUAUAUCUCAAGUCCUCCAGUAUAUAAGAAGAGAACAUA